UGUGAUGUCUUUAUCGAGCGGCUGAGAGCACUUGGUGAGCUACCAGAGAAAAUUGGGGUAAAACACGUUAGUGUUGCAGAAGGCAAGGUCUCGAAGAACGUUUUCGUUACAGUGAACGGGCAAGACGUCUGCGGUUUGUUCUCGGGAUAGUGAUCAAAUACUCAAGACUCAUUGACGUUACUCGUGAUAUCCAGUGAAUUCAGAGCUGACUGUGGUGGUUCAGCGGGUUGUAUUAAGCCUCAAAAACGUUUUAAUUAUCAGAAAGCCGUAGUUGGUGAAGUUGCCACAAGAUCCCCAUUCCCUCCUUCAGAAUCCGUUACAGGAUUACAAACCGGGGUCAGUGUUUGGGUAGAGUACAGAGAGGCUGAUCAAGUCGAAGUAAUCGAACUAGUGAAACGUGUGUGUCUGACGUCUGAAAUCUGAAGCCAUAAAGUGUGUCUCGGGACUCAAUGACAUCUAGGAAGGUCGGAGUAUAACCUGUUUAUAAGUCCGUUUAAAAGUGGAUUUAACAUAGAAGUUAUGCGGAAAUGAAUUUAAACAAAAAACAGACAAGUAAUAUCCACGAUCAUGGACUUUAUUUGUGAAGUACUGGCUGUCUGAUGGAACCACAUUUUGGCCUCCCACUACAGUUCCCGAGUGCCUUCGCCACAGUUCAUGCGCCAAUUCCUGUGGAUCAGAGGACGCAUGAGGGCCGUUAUGUGUGGGAGCCACGGCUACACUCCCUGCACCAUCCGUCUCCAUCUGGACUUGCUGGAAAUGGAACAGGUGCUGGAUUGUCAGAUAUUACCUUCCUCUCCCAGCAUCGAGCAGUUCCAAAUGGACAGAUGGAUCCUGGGUUCCACCAUCCAUAUCGUCUCAGUCCAGCCUAUAUGGAGCAGUUAUACAAUUCCUUUCAUUCCAACCCAUCCAUUUCAGUUAGAGGCUUUAGUCCCAUGGACACCCCAGGUCUAACAAUGCAUCCAGACUAUCUGCAUCAAAUGGCAACACUCAACCAACGAGGAUUGGUUGGAGACUUCCAGCCUCUUCUACCUAACUCAGCCGCUGAUGUAGGUUUUUCAGUGGAUAGCUCUAGUCUGAAUAGUCCUAGACCAGGGUUUCGACAUGGAAGGAAGCGUGCUUUGUCCAAUUCACCCUAUUCAGAUGUUUUUGACAUCAAUUCCAUGAUUAGGUUUUCUCCGAAUUCCUUGAUGUCUUUCAUGAAUGGAUCCCGAAGUUCUAGUGCCAGUGGAUCAUAUGGCCAUCUUUCUGCUGGAACCCUGAGUCCAGCAAUGGGCAUCUCACCACCCACUGUUCCUCCACAUCUUCAACAACUCCAUCAACUGAUGUGCCAGGGAGGUCUUGGCUCUUCUGUUGUUUUCCCACCUAACUCUGGCCUUCCACAGCAAUCACUGCUAACUAACCAUGGGUUUGGAGUUCCAGGUAGCUCUGUUGGAACCAUGAAAUUUGAUUCUGGUAUCAAUGUUGUUGGUAGUCGAGAAAUGGCGAGCAACAUAGUUAGCAGCACAGUUGAUUCAGAAGGAAGUAGAAAAAACAAUAUUAAGAAAGAAGCAACAAACAGUUUAGCUGGUGAAGCAUGUAGAGUGGAUGAUGACCGAGAUGUAAGUAUAGACCUCAAAGAUGAACCUGGGGAUUUUGUGGAAACAAACUGUCAUUGGAAAGACUGUGAAAAGGAGUUUGGUACUCAAGAUGAUCUUGUAAAGCAUAUAAAUAAUGAUCACAUCCAUGGAAACAAGAAAUCUUUUGUGUGCCGAUGGGAAGAUUGUUCCCGAGAAGAAAAGCCUUUCAAAGCUCAGUAUAUGCUGGUUGUUCACAUGAGACGGCACACUGGAGAAAAACCACAUAAAUGCACAUUUGAAGGUUGUAGCAAAGCCUACUCUAGACUGGAAAACUUGAAGACUCAUCUUAGGUCUCAUACAGGGGAGAAACCUUAUGUGUGCGAGUUCCCGGGUUGUACCAAGGCAUUCAGUAAUGCUUCUGAUCGGGCCAAACAUCAGAAUAGAACUCAUUCAAAUGAGAAACCAUAUGUAUGCAAGGCUCCUGGUUGUACCAAACGUUAUACAGAUCCAAGCUCACUACGGAAACAUGUUAAAACUGUUCAUGGUCCAGAUUUCUAUGCUAACAAGAAGCACAAAGGUAAUGAAUCUGGGGGAUCUUGGGAAAAGGAUGAUAAACCAUCAGACCCAGGUGAGGGUAGUCCACAUUCUGAUGAUGGCUCUGGCAGUAAAGGCACAGUUUUGUCCAGCCCAAGUGUUAAAUCUGAGAGCCAGGAUUCUCCACACCAUGAUGAAAGCCCUACAAGUGAAGGGACCUCAGAUGUACCAGGUACAGUAGAUCAAACUCUGUAUAAUGGCCCAAUCAGCGAUAACAGUGUUUCUACCACUAGUGGUCCUUUGGAGGGAUUAGAGAUGGACAGUGCUUGGGAAGUUGUGGACAAUCAAACUGUAGAGUUAGGAGAACACUCUCCAGGUGUUGCUUGUGUUACUUCAAGUGGACAGAAUGGAGAAGCUGAAAGGAAUGUACAUAAUAGGUUAAAAAGCAGGUUUCUGUCAACUUUUAGAUCAGGAGUCUCUUGGCUGCCAAACAUUUUACCAUCAAGAACAGGUUUGCCUAAAGGAAGAAGUGUCAUGGGUUUUCGAAAAACAUCUGGAAACUUGAAACUUCCCAGUAUUUGCAGUGACAAUAAUACUGGCAAUAAGAGUAUGAUAGACUUGUCCUACUCUCAGAACCAAGGUUGUCAAUCUCAGCAGACUACCUUAACCACUAGGAGAGACAGUAGCAGCACACUUAGUUCUUUCUAUGGCAGUAUGGGCUCUGAUAACAGCUCUCAACCAGUCAGCAGUGACAUUUCUGGGAGACAUGAAAGCCAAGAAUCUUGUGCCUCUCAGAGUGUUGUUGGCCUCAGUUCUCCUUAUGAUCCUAUCUCUCUUGGCAGUUCAUGUCAUUCAAGUGAAGUCGAUGGUUUGACAGGUUUGUCAGCAGGUAUGACAGCACAUUUGCAGAAGCUUCACUCUCGUGCUUUAGUAUCCCAACACCUGAUAAACACAAACAACUUGGUUGUACAGAGACAGAGCAAUUCUAGUGAUGGAAGGUCUACCAGAGGAUCUCAAACCAGCAUCUCAACCAGAAAUCAGUUUCCUGCAGAAGUACUAACACAUUCAAGUUGCCAAACCAAUGAACCACUAAAGCCUAUUACCCAAAACAGAGGUGCUCCACCUCAUGCCUGCAACAUUAGUAGACUUCAACCAUUACCACCUAUUGGUCAGUCAAGAUGUAAUAAAGGUGAAGAACAGUCUAUGGGACAAGUAAAACAAUUUCAUCCCAACCAUAAUGUUGUUCUGGAGGACUGGGCAGAAGAUAAGCCUAUUGAAGCAAACCAGGAUCUUGUAAUUCCUGAUGAAAUGGAGCACUACCUCAAAGAAACAGCUGAACAAACAAAAAAGGGUGGUAAUCGUCCAUCUUCACGACUGAGCCAAGCUGUGUCCAGUGUCAGUCAAUAUGACGAUCUUUCUCAGCAGGCUUCACACCACAAGAAAUUCCAGAAUAGAGAUAACCCAGAGUGGGUGACAAUGUCACAUAGUACUGGUCAAAAAUUUGUCCCUAAACCAACAUACAGUGAAGAUACUGCAUCUUCAACAAGCAAGAAUACAAACACACCACAGAGUCACCAACAAGGUUCUCAUGUUCCACAGCCAAUUGCCCAGUACUGUUGUAAGAGUUCUCACACUCACCAGUCAACUUUGGAAACUUGUCAGCAAAAUGUUUGCAUUCCUCAGGUCUAUCAGCAACAAUCCCAAUAUUUAAAUCAUCACUCAUGCAGCCAUGAGAUUAAACUCUGUCAAUCUCAGUGGGAAACUGAAACAAGCCAUGAUGCUACUCACUCCAGCCUCUCUAAAGCUCAGGUCCCUAGAACUGACUGCUAUUCUUUAAAUGGUAACAAUAGUCAACUUGGAGUUUCCUGCCAACCAGUGGCAGAAAAUAAUCCACCUAAAGCUUCUGUAACUAAGCAAAGCCCAUUGAAUGUGCAGCAAUUAAUGUUUACUCAUAAUCAACCAAAUAGUUAUUUGUCUCAUAAUGAUCCUUACAGUAACUACAUUCCUCAGACUUGCCACCAGAUGUCUGUGGGAAUGAACACAAAUGGAAACUCUUUACAGAGAUCUAACUGGUCAUUAAGUCAAUACUGUUCAUCUAACAAUAGCUUGAAGGAUCAGAUGUGUGGUCACAUGAAUCAGUGUCAUUCUUCAGGUAAUUCUUUCCAUGGUCAGUUGGUUAAACAAUGUCAACAAAACAUUGGUUCCCCAAAUCAGUUUGUUCCUCAUACGGGUCAACAGUGCAUUUCUGAUAACAUUUUUCAAAGCCAGUUAAUAAGUCAUGAGUGUCCUCCAAACAAUGGUUUACAAAACCAUAGGGGCCAAGUCAUUCAACAAAAUCCUUCUAAUAGUGUAGUGGAGAAUCAAUUAUGUCAACCAUAUCCUUCAAAUAAUGGUGUUCAGGGUCAAUUUCAUCAACAUUUUUCAUCAAAGAAUGUUGUACAAGGCCACUCAUUAGGUUAUUCGUGCCAUCUAGAUAGUUCUCUUCACCCUAAUAACAGUGGUCGACCAUAUUACCAACAGAAUGUAGAAAAUGAAUCUUCUAUUCACCCAUUGAUAGCUAAUAAAUCCCAUGUUCAAGAAAUCAAACAGAUAUGUCCUCUACAAUCUUGUUCUGCCACAGGCCCACAAAAGAAUUGCGAAAAUGUGUCAUAUCAGCUCCCCAAAGACAAAGACUUUUCAUUUGGUAUGAUGCUUCCUAUUCAUACACCCAUUCAGCCUUCUUAUUCUCAUCUGACACAAGCCUGCAAAUCUUGCUGCCGCUCCCAGUCUGAGAUUCAGUGUAGAAAUGUCAGUCAAUCAUCUCGGGCAUCCAUGCAUUCUGAUGCUUACCAGAGAACUUUGGAGUAUGUUCAGCAGUGUCAACAGAUGACAUCCAGUAAUGAGCAGUGUGUAGAUAAUGUAAACAAUAGCUACCUCAUUCCUGUUAUACAAUCUGUUAGUGAAAGCUCCUGUCAAAAGAUAGAGCUCUCUCCAAGAGUCAGUAGCACAACAGAUUGCCAAGAUGGUCAGUUGCUACAAACUCGAAGCUUAAAUAAAAAAGCAGACUAUUCAUCUUGCACCACCAGCCAAGCAUCAGAAGUUAGCCAAUGUUCACAAACUCCUAGUUGUCUAAAUAGUAAACCCCAUACCCCUUUCUUUACUACUAAUAAUAUGGUGAUUAAUGACAUGAGCUCAUCUUUGACAUCAUUGAUGGAAGAAACUUGUUACUUAAGGUUGAUGCAGUAAUUUAAUUUGUGCCACUUCAUCAUAUUUCUUUGUAAAAGAAAAAAAACUCUAUGUCUUACCAGCUAGCUGUGGCUUUUUGGUUCUGUUAGGAUCUUGGGAAGUAUUGGUGUUUAAUCAUCCAAGCUAUCCUAGUUGUUGGAAGGCUUACCAACAUUUGUUUCUUGCCAAGUAGUGUAAAUAAUAUGGUACAUUUUUAUGUACACAGUUUUGUAUAUUGAGGUUGGGAUGGAUGAGAAUAUUAGCUCUUGAAAUGUUUGUGAUGUUUUGUUGUCCAGGUUAUUGUAUGGACUCACCCCCACCCCUUUUCUGGGAGGAUAACACAUUAUUAACAAGAGACCAAGAUAAGCUGUUGCUUGAAAAUUGAUAAUAUCUGUGUGUGGUUUAAGUUUAGUUGUUUUCUUUGUAACAUAAUAGUGCCAUUUUAUUGCUUCUGUAUAUUUUCCUGCUCAGUAUCAUUUUUUCAAGGUACUGUAUGCUGCUACUGUGCCAAAUUCUCAUUAAAAAUGUUCAUUUGAUAAAAAUGAUUUUUAAAGCAAAGUUUCUAUGAAAUUUGAAAAUGUAUUUUAGAAGAUUUUUAAUUAAAUUAUGUUAUUUGUUAAAGAAGACAAGUAUACAUUUUUCAUGCCAUAUUUCAACACCCCAUUUUGCUUCCCUUAAUCUGAUUGUUUGUGCUACGGAAUCUUAUUGUUAUUGUAUUUUCUAAUCGUAUUAUUAGGGGUUUUAUUAUUGUAUACAAAACGUUGUGUUUAAAGAUAAGUCAAUUUUCAUAUCAACAACUGGGCUAACUGUGUAGCAAAUUGUGUACGUUUUUCAAUUGUAUAUACAUUUGUAUAGCGAGUACGAAAUGAUGUUUAUAAGACGCCUCAGAUAAUUCUAUAAUAUGGCUGGUAUUUGAAAAAACGGAAAUGAGAAAGGCACCAUUAAUUUAUUUGCUCGCAUGUUUUGUUAAAUCAAAGCUGUGUAAAGAGAAAAAUCAAGACUUGAUGUCAGAGAUGUACAAUAAUUAUCACCUUAUUGUUAUAUUUCUUCUUCUUACACUAGAAUAUACUAAAGUUUUUUAUCAUUCCCGACUGUUUGAAGGUAAGCUUGACAAUAGAAAUAGGAUAACAUAGUUACUUUAAAGUCUAAACAAUUCUGCCUAUUAAAUAGUCUAAAUUAAUCUGUACUGAAAGAAAGUAUAUGGUGUACAAUACUUACAUUUUAUCCUUAGCUUAAACAAUACCAGAGGUGUCCCUAGGCACUGGCACAAGGGACCCGUGCCCUCAAUUAUAUUUGAUAGUGCCCCGAAUCCCCCAGUUGGUGUCUUGAAAAAUCAUUAUAGAAAACCACACUGAAACACCGAAAAUUCCUGCGAAAAUUAUGGGCUCAAUCGCCGAAUCUUUUAAUCACCCAGCGACGCCUCUGAUCAAUACAGAAAUAUUUAACUUCUUUAGCAGAUAUAAACUUACAUUAACCUUUAAUAACACAAAUUGAAACAUGUUUUAGGAAUUUAUAAACUCUUAAGGACAUUUUUGUGAUUUAAAUUUUUUAUACUUGGAAAACCUUUGCUCAUCAAUAUAUUGUUCUACGAAGAAGCUUAAACUGCAUUUGUUAUUAGAAUUAGUUUUUUUAUCUAUCACUUUUUUCCUGUGUUCUUAUAUAUUGCUACAAUAGGGCGUUUUGCAAAAUCGGUAAAGUAAUGUUACAUUUUGACCAGCAAGAACUAAAAUCAGCCUAAAAAAAACCUUUUCAACUUCAUGUAUGCUGUUUUGUAAAACUUGUUCGUUAGUUUGUUUGUAAUUAAGCACAAAGCUGCACAAUGGGCUAUCUGUGCUCUGACCACCACGGGUAUCGAUACCUUGUAAGUCCGCAGACAUACCGCUGGUCACUGGGAGGCUUGUUCGUUAGAAAUUUCCAUUAAGACUUAAAGUAGCUAUUGAAGUUUUGUUUUAUACUCAAAUGGAUGAAUAGAACCUUUUUAUAUAGUAAAUUUUUUAAAGUGAAACGUAAAAAGUUAUUAACACAAUCUUAUCAAAUUUUAAGCAUUUAUGAACAAGCCAGCACAUCACACCUUUGUGCAGUUUUGUACGUAUCAUAUAUUUUUUUAUCUUCGUUGAGGUACUUGUUUGAAUGCCAAUUUACAGAAAAACUUGUACGCUUGUAUAUUUCGAAUAUUCAUAUAUACCUUUUACUUUACCAUGUUUGUACAGCGAGUUACUGUUGUGUAUCACAAAAACCACUUUAUACCAGCAGCUGAAGUUCAAACGUAUCGUAAGUGCCUUUUCUUGCUAUGAUAAUCUAAUGGUAGAGAAUGAAAAAGUCAAAAGUAUUUACAGCAAAUAUAAAAAGGCAGUAGGAUAUUUCAAUAUUUCGUCGUCUGCAAUAUAUUCGAUAUUUUUUUUUAUAAAUGUUACUAAUUAAAUUUAAACAAAUACCAAAUUUUAAUAUAGUGUGUAUUCACAGUUGUAUAUGAAAUUUAUACAGAAAGUGUUAACAAAAAUAGUCGUUGAACUUUGUCAUUAUUCUACCAUGAUCGAUGUAUCGGUCUAAAAUCAAAGAAACGUAAUCAUAUGGUUUAGCUAGGAAUGAUUUUAACGCCUAUAUAUUGGCAUGGUUAGUUUUUUGUUUAUGUUGGGUAUACAUGAUGAAAUAAACUGGAAGGUUGAUUUUA